AUGAUUAAGAAGUGUUUCUGCGCUACAAGAGGAAGAAUGCUUCAAGGUUAUUAUUUUUCGAUUCUGCUGUCGUUGUUGCUGCUUAUUUGCAUGUACGAGGCCAAAUCUACAGCUGAUAGAUGUGAUUACAAUCAAGAACGUAAAGGAAGUGAAUGCAUCGACAUUUGUUAUACAAUGAAGGCUUGCGGUGAGAAUACAACAUGCUAUACAGUAGGUUUCACUACUUAUUGCUUGUGCAUGAAAGGAUUCACUGGAGAUCCACAACUUGGAUGCUUCAAAAUGGACGAAAAUUCUCCAUGCUCACCAGACCCAUGUGGACAGAACUCUGAAUGUAUUGAGUCUGACCUUGAAGUUGGACCACAUUGUAAAUGCAAGUCAGGAUUUUAUGACUGGCCACCAAAAUGUCGUACUGGUUGUGCAUCAGAUGCUGAGUGUGGACAGACUGAAGUUUGUGAUCAAAGUAAUUUAUGUGUGGAACUAUGUGAGUCAUGGAGAUGUGGUGCCAAUUCAGUCUGUCGUGUCGACAAGAAGACAAGGACAAUGCAUUGUUCAUGUAUGGAUGGUUACAUCCCUCAAACAGAAGUUGGGUGUAGACUAAAAACCGAGGAGGAUCAAGACAUAUCCAUUGAGUCAUUCUCUGAAAUUCUCACAGACAAAUGUGGUGGAAAUUGUGGAGAAAAUGCUUAUUGUGGAUCAGAUAACAAGUGUGUCUGUACUGCUGGAUACACAGGAGAUCCAAACCAUCAAUGUAGUCCAAUCAGCACAACAUUUAAUGGCACAUGCAAUCCAAAUCCAUGUGGAGGCUAUUCAACCUGCAAAAUUGUCGACAAAAAACCAAAAUGUUCAUGUGUAAAAGGCUAUGGAACUCCGCCAAGCUGUGGAAAAUGCAGCACUAAUUCUGAUUGUGAAUCAUCUGAUGUAUGUACCGCGGAUGGACGAUGUGUAUUUAAUGCCUGUAAACCUUAUUGUGGGGAAAAUGCUGGUUGUAAUAUUUUUGAAGGGAAAUUAGAGUGUUUGUGUCCUGUACAAGCUGUUAAUAAUUAUAGCUUGCCAUUUGUUGUAUGUCCUGAUGUUAUUGAUUUUGUGUCGGCAGCAACGAUUGCUGUUUUGUCUGGAUAA